UCGAUCCAUAUUGCUUCCUUCGUCAAGAUCUUCACCAAAACCGGGAGGCCCAGAGCCAGAGCCACCGCCUCUGGAUUAUCUGACGUACCAGGACUUUCGGUAGCAAGCAGUCCAGAUUCACCUAUUGUUUUCCUCACAUUGAAGAAGUCAACAAGUUCAUCAAAAGCUGACAAGGAUCUUCUUCAAGAAAUUGCUGACCGCGUCUUGAAGGAUGAGUUUGUAUUUGUGGUGACCUCCAAGAAAUCAACACUUGAUAGAUGUCCAUUGCCUGUUGGAAUCAGAUUGUUCGUCUCUACUAGCCAUUCUGAAUUAGAUCUGCUCAAGGCAUCUGAAUCAUUGAAAAGAGUUGCAGCCUUAGUGUUUGAGUGUUGUGCUUGAGUGUGAAACUCAAAGCCGAUUAGCUUAUUUCUCACCUUGCUGCAUUUGUGCAUUUGCAUGUGAUCAAUCUAGCUCGGUCUCUUAGCAUAAAUGUCGUAGUAAAGAAAAAAGCCUUCAUUAGUUGAAUAGUUUUGUAAUGUAGGUAUAGCCCAAGAAAGAAUGGCCUCUGAUUGUUGACAAUCUUACAUAUUUUGGUUUACGGUUGAUUUAUAAUUACUUUUGUUU